UGAAAUAACUGAUGAUUGUGCUAAAACCGAUGGUUUCAAAUAAAAACACGAACUGGUGGAGGAUGCCCAUACCUUGAUCCAGGUGUUGGAUAUCGCCAUUAAUCCUCUUCUGUCUUUUUCCUUCCAACAAAAUUUAUUCUGAGAGAGAGAGACAGAGCAAAGAGAUCUUAUCUAAGGAAGGUCACUGCCAUCAACACACACGGCGAAGGAGGAACGCAGUACAGUACAAGACACCCGCACACCAAAACGCAGAUUUCCCCAGUCUCCCUUAUUUCCCAGACUCCCUCCUCGGAGGAUACUGUAGUGUUUAAUUAGGAUUUUUUUUUCAUCUACUUGCAGGUGUUGUGCUGUAUUCAGCUAUGGAGGAUAUGCCUUAACAGUUGUUCUUUUAUCUUUCAUCCGCUGUUUGGUUCGCAUCCGAUUAUGCACAAAUAGUAGUAUCGGUGUAGUUUCUUGAGAUAAUCUGGUGUCUGAAUAAAGCAUGAAUCACUAUGUUCCAGAUUUCGAAAUGGACGAUGAUUACUCUAUCGCCUCUACUUCAGCCUUGGCUAGCCCCAAAAGAUCAGCAGCCAUGCCUGAGGACGAGAUCAUGGAACUGUUAUGGCAAAACGGCCAAGUGGUUAUGCAGAGCCAAACGCACAAGUCUCACAAGAAAUCUCAACCGUCCAAAUUUGACAAUGCGGUGAUCCCCGCCGAGACUUCGACGGCACGGGAGACUCGAUCACCGCAAGAGGAACAGCAACACCACCACCUAUUUAUGCAAGAGGACGAGAUGGCCGCUUGGCUCCAUUAUCCUCUCCAUGAUUCAAAUUUUAACCAAGAUUUCUGCACGGAUCUACUCUACUCAACCACUUGCGUCACCGGCUCUGCCAAUACUACACCCGUCGCAGUAGGCACAAAUCAGAAUCCAGAGCCGAGGCCGCAGCAGAUGGCGACUGCUGCACCGCAGCGGCCGCCUGUACCACCUGCGCGUAGGACGGAGGUACAGAAUUUUUCUCUCUUCUCGAGGCAUAAACGUACGAGGACGGUUGAUGAGACAGUUGCAUCAGCGGUGGAAUCGCCGGGACCGUCCUGUUCGAAGCAGACGGUUAUGAGGGAAACGACGAUAGUGAACUCGAGCGACACGCCUGAGGCAAGCCACAAACCUAGGGCACCGGAGGUGGCUAGGAGUUCGUUAGACGAGUACGACGGCAACUAUAGGGCCGAGUUCAUGAGCGGGGCCAAACUAGCGGUAUAUCCCUUUGCUCUUGGCGGUGGAAAUACCGACACUAGAGACAAGAUUGUAACGAGUGCCGAGAUCACCGUAACGUCGUCUCCGAGUGGCUCAACCACCAGUGUCGAGUUACCACCUCUGAAGUCGGCGGAGGACCGGAAGCGAAAAGGGAGAGACGGCGAAGAGGCCGAGUGCGGUCAAAGCGAGGAUGCUGAGUUUGAAUCUGUUCACGGAAAGAAGCAAGCUCGUGGAUCAACUUCUACAAAGCGAUCUCGUGCUACAGAGGUUCACAACCUUUCAGAAAGGAGACGUCGAGACAGGAUAAAUGAAAAGAUGAGGGCUUUGCAAGAACUCAUACCACGUUGCAACAAGUCGGACAAGGCUUCUAUGUUGGAUGAUGCAAUUGAGUACUUAAAAUCUCUUCAGUUGCAAGUGCAGAUGAUGUCCAUGGGUUGUGGCAUGGUUCCAAUGAUAUUUCCUGGUGUCCAGCAGUAUAUGCCGCCAAUGGGGAUGGGUAUUGGGAUGGGCAUGGGCAUGGGCAUGGCUAUCAACCGACCAUUGAUGCCAUUUCCUGGUGUUUUAGCUGGUUCUGCCUUCCCAACACCGGCUGCAGCAGCUCAUUUAGGUCCAGGGUUCCCCAUGCCAGCCUUUCAUGUGCCUCAUGUCCCUACUCCUGAUCCAUCCAGAGUUCAAGCAGCCAAUCCCUCAGAUCCUAAUCCUAUGCUAAACCCACUAGGCACACAGCAGAUGAAUACGCCACAGAUUCCCAACUUUUCCGAUCCUUAUCAACAGUACCUUGGUCUACAACCUAUGCACUUACCAGUACCACAGAAUCAAGCAAUGGCUGAACCAAGUACCAGCAAGCCAAGCACUAGCAGAGGAGGUGAAAACCUUGAAGGUCACCAUUCAGGGUCGUGAAGCAUGGAUUGUGGAAUCCCAGCUUCUCAAGAUCUGCAAGUUCCAGCAGUCUGAUGUUGUUGUAUGGUAAGGGGUGGCCUCUCUUCUAUAAAGCUCUCUGGAACGUUGCUGUUUCUUCACAUGGAAGGAUUGAUCUUUAUCCAAUCAAAAUGACUAUAUAUAUAUAUAUAUAUAGCUAAUGAUGGAGCUUCCAGUGCAAUGACGGUACAAGUUUUGGGCUGAUUGCUAUUGAGGGUCUUGCCCAUAAAGUUUUGCAGCGGACGAGAUCUCUACAGCGGCUCGUCAACACAAAAUCGUAACACUGACACAACUAACAUGUAAUGAUUACAACCCCAUAGAUAUGUGGCCUUUUAUUAGAAUUUUUUUUUUCGUCGUAUCGUUUUAUUUAUUUUAACUGUGAAAAUAAACCCACUGUUAAUGCUUUGAAGGUUUUAUUAUGAACCUAAUGAAGAAUAAUACAAGUAGGCUAGAUAAAGUGAA